AUGUUUGGAAAGAAAAAGAAAAAGAUUGAAAUAUCUGGCCCAUCCAACUUUGAACACAGGGUUCAUACUGGGUUUGAUCCACAAGAACAGAAAUUUACCGGCCUUCCCCAGCAGUGGCACAGCCUGUUAGCAGACACGGCCAACAGGCCGAAGCCCAUGGUAGACCCUUCGUGCAUCACUCCCAUCCAGCUGGCUCCCAUGAAGACAAUCGUUAGAGGAAACAAACCCUGCAAGGAAACGUCCAUCAAUGGCCUUCUGGAGGAUUUUGACAACAUCUCUGUGACCCGCUCCAACUCCCUAAGGAAGGAAAGCCCGCCCACCCCAGACCAGGGAGCCUCUAGCCAUGGUCAAGGCCAUCGGGAAGAAAAUGGAUUCCUCACCUUCUCACAGUAUUCCAGCGAAUCUGAUACCACUGCUGACUAUGCGACGGAAAAGUACAAAGAAAAGAGUCUCUAUGGAGAUGAUUUGGACCCAUUUUAUAAAGGCAGCCACUCGGCCAAGCAAAAUGGGCACGUAAUGAAAAUGCAACAUGGGGAAGCCUACUACUCUGAGAUGAAACCUUUGCAAUCCAACAGAGCCAGGUUUCCUGUUGAUUAUCACACACACUUGGACUCACUGAGCAAACCCAGUGAGUACAGUGACCUCAAGUGGGGGUACCAGCGAGCCUCAAGCAGCUCCCCUCUGGAUUAUCCGUUCCAAUUCACGCCUUCUAGAACUGCAGGGACCAGUGGGUGCUCCAAGGAGAGCCUGGCGUACAGCGAAAGUGAGUGGGGACCCAGCCUGGAUGACUAUGACAGGAGGCCAAAGUCAUCAUACGUGAGUCAGACAAGCCCUCAGCCCGCCAUGCGGCAGAGGUCACGGUCAGGCUCCGGGCUCCAGGAACCCAUGAUGCCCUUCGGAGCAAGUGCAUUUAAAACCCACCCUCAAGGACACUCCUACAGCUCCUACACCUACCCUCGCUUGUCCGAGCCCACAAUGUGCAUUCCAAAGGUGGAUUAUGAUCGAGCACAGGUGGUCCUCAGCCCUCCACUGUCAGGGUCCGACACCUACCCCAGGGGCCCUGCCAAACUACCUCAAAGUCAAAGCAAAGCAAGCUAUUCCUCAAGCAGCCACCAAUACCCAUCUGGGUACCACACAGCCACCCUGUACCACCACCCCUCCCUCCAGACCAGUUCGCAGUACAUCUCCACAGCUUCUUACCUGAGCUCUCUCAGCAUCUCAUCUAGCACCUACCCCCCACCCAGCUGGGGCUCCUCCUCAGACCAGCAGCCCUCCAGGGUGUCCCACGAACAGUUCCGGGCAGCCCUGCAGCUGGUGGUCAGCCCAGGAGACCCCAGAGAAUAUUUGGACAACUUUAUCAAAAUCGGGGAAGGGUCAACCGGCAUUGUGUGCAUCGCCACUGAGAAACACACGGGGAAGCAAGUUGCCGUGAAGAAAAUGGACCUCCGAAAACAACAGAGACGAGAGCUGCUUUUUAAUGAGGUUGUGAUAAUGCGGGAUUAUCACCAUGACAACGUGGUUGACAUGUACAACAGCUACCUUGUCAAUGAUGAGCUCUGGGUUGUCAUGGAAUUUCUAGAAGGUGGUGCCUUGACAGACAUCGUUACUCAUACCAGAAUGAAUGAAGAACAAAUAGCUACCGUCUGUCUGUCGGUUCUAAGGGCUCUUUCCUACCUGCACAACCAAGGAGUGAUUCACAGGGACAUAAAGAGUGACUCCAUCCUGCUGACAAGUGAUGGCCGGAUAAAGUUGUCUGACUUUGGUUUCUGUGCUCAAGUUUCCAAAGAGGUGCCAAAGAGGAAAUCACUGGUUGGCACACCCUACUGGAUGGCACCUGAGGUGAUUUCUAGGCUGCCUUAUGGGACAGAGGUGGACAUCUGGUCUCUCGGGAUCAUGGUGAUAGAGAUGAUUGACGGCGAGCCCCCCUACUUCAAUGAGCCUCCCCUCCAGGCCAUGCGGCGGAUCCGGGACAGUUUACCUCCAAGAGUGAAGGACCUGCACAAGGUUUCUUCAGUGCUCCGGGGAUUCCUAGACCUGAUGUUGGUGAGGGAACCCUCUCAAAGAGCCACAGCCCAGGAACUCCUCGGACAUCCAUUCUUGAAAUUGGCAGGUCCGCCAUCUUGCAUUGUUCCCCUCAUGAGACAAUACAGGCAUCACUGA